AUGUGGCGGCGGGUGCUGCGGCCGCUGUGCGCCGCGGCGGGGGGCGCCCUCCGCCCGCGCCCCGGCGGCGGAGCUGGAGCCGCGGCCGGAGCCGGGGCCGGCGCGGGCGCGGCCUGGGCGCGGGGGGCGGCGGCGGAGCGGCGCUGGGCGGCAGAUGAUGCUCUUUCCAAAUUCAACAUUGACUUUGUUGUAGCUCUGCUGAGGCAAGAAAAUGCUAAAGACAUUUGUGUCAUUCGGGUACCUCCAGAUAUAAGAUACUGUGAUUAUUUUAUAAUUGUGAGUGGAUCUUCAACACGACAUCUCCAUGCAAUGGCGUAUUACAUGCUGAAAAUGUAUAAGCAUCAGAAAGAAGAAAGUGAUCCUCAUGCUCACAUUGAAGGGAAAGAGACAGAUGACUGGCUGUGCAUUGAUUUUGGUAACAUAGUGAUGCAUUUCAUGCUCCCAGAGACAAGAGAGACUUAUGAAUUGGAAAAGCUAUGGACUCUCCGUUCCUAUGAUGACCAGCUAGCACAGAUGACUUCACAGUCACUGCCAGAAGACUUCAUAUUUGGACUUGCUCCCAACAACAGUGAUCGUCUUGCAACAAGAACUUAACAUGGCUACUGAGUUGCCCAAAUGGAAAGUGAAAUGAGUAUGCCUUCACAGAGCUCUGAGAGGCAUAUAGGGUGACUACUGACUUAACAGUCACUACAGCUGGUUAGCACAAAAGAGUAGCUCUUAUUGGAUGUGCCUAUGUAGGUUUCUGAACAAGCUACUAAAAUGAUUGGGGUUUAUCAUAAGGAAUUAAUCAGAUCAUAAGGAAAUUUCAUGGUGGAGUCACUGUAUCAGUGGUGGUUGUAGUGAGAAUAGUGGGUCACUGACAGCUGCUUAAACUACUUAUCCUGAAACUC